AUUUUCAAGCCGUAGGCAUUAGGAAGACAAAAUGCAUACGAAACCUAAGAAGUUUUUUUUAAAUGGGAACCAUAGAAAGUUGACCAUGGAUUAGUGUAGCUCCAGCUCCAGCUCCAUAACCGAAGAUCCAGACUCAACUUUUUCCUAUAUUGAUCCCCCAUCAGUAAAUUUUCUGUGAUUGUGUUCGUAUGCUAUGAUGGCUGGCUCCCUCAUUGUAAUUCUGCUCCUCUUUGAUUUUGUCUUGGGUUUGCAAUCAGCCUGUAUGCCUCCUCCUCCAAUAGAAUGCAAAAUAAAUCCUGGAUUCAAAAUCUUUAAUCCUCUGGACAUUUGGAAUGACCAUGAGACUUGCAUGCAUCCUCCAUCAGUAGUAAGCAAUUUUAGCCAUGAAUGCCAGAUAUUCAGUCAUCUGGGUAGUUGGGAUGACCGGGGAAGUUGUGAAGCGGCAAAUGCUGCGUGGCCCAAAUCAGAAUCCGAGCUUAUACAGACGGUUGCUCAUGCAGUGAAAAACAAUCAAAAGAUUAGAGUAGUGGGUUGGCUGUCUCACAGUAUAUCAAAGUUAGCCUGUGUCGGAAAGCAAGGGCUCGUUAUCUCCACCCAAAACUAUAAUUCAGUAAUUGCAAUCAACAAAACCGCAAUGACAAUUACUGUCCAAUCCGGAGCAAUGAUGAAUGAUGUGAUUGAAGCAGCAGCGAAAGAAGGAUUGGCUCUGCCUGCCAUGAUUUACUUUACUGGAGUUUCGGCAGCCGGAAUUAUCUCUACUGGAGCCCAUGGCAGUAGUCUGUCAGGAAGAGGAAGUGGGGUUUAUGAAUAUGUUGUUGGGAUGAAAUUGGUAGUCCCUGCGCCUCCUUCCCAAGGCUAUGCAAAGCUCAUCACCUUGGGCGAAUCAGAUUCAGAUUUGAAAGCUGCCAAGAUAUCUCUUGGAACGCUGGGAGCAAUCUCUGAAAUAACUUUCAUGUUGCAGCCUAUGUUCAAGUGCUCAUUUUCAGCCAGUGUGAAAGAUGAUAAUGACCUAGAAAAGGAAGCCGACAGUUUCCUAAGAGCCAGUGAAUAUGCAUAUAUAAAUUGGUUUCCCUCACAUGGGAAGGCAAUUUUCCUAACCAACCAUGUUGUUUCCGUUGAUGUACCUGGAGAUGGCCUCAAGAAUGGAGUUGGCAGUCCAACCACAGCUAGUAGCGUUGAAACAACUGCUUAUCAGUAUGACAAAAUCCAAGCGAACGAAGAUGUGGAUGCAAUGUGCAAUGUGAUAGACCUGCUAAUCUCCUCCGCAACAAAGGGCUUUGGCUUCUUGAAUGACGGAAAACAGUUCACAGGGUACCCUGUAAUUGGAUUCAAUCAUCGGAUGCAAGCAUCUGGUGGAUGCCAAGGAAGUGACCCUAAUUAUCAAGAUAACCACAACAGCUGCACUCCCACCAAGAUUUUGGAUAAAAAUAAUACAGUCUGUUCCUGGGAUCGACGGCUGCACAAUACUUUGUUCUUCGACGUGGGGUUAAGAGUAUCAACGUUUAAUCUCCACGAAGCAAUUCAGGACAUCAAAAAAAUUAGAGAUUUGAAUCCCUCGAGUCUGUGUGACCGGGGUAUAUUCGGUGGAAUAUAUAUGCGUUCUGUCAAGAAGUCAGAUGCAUAUCUUGGACCUGCAGAGGAUCAGGUGACUUUGGAGCUGCAAACUUAUCGGCCAAGGGAAGCAGGCGUACCAAAGUGGAAUGAAGAUGUGUUUCAAGAAAUUGAGCAAAUGGUAAUAGAAAAGCACAGAGGGGUAUUACACUGGGGGAAAGCUGGAGGUCACUUGUUUGAAGGUGUUGCCAAGUGGGCUGUAGACCUGGAGAAGUUCCUUGAGGUGAAGGAUAGAUUUGAUCCCAGUGGAGUUUUUUCAAAUUAUUGGACUGAUGCUUUGUUUGGAAUCGGAGGGAAAAGAGUGGAGGAGUUGAGGGAUGGAUGCGCUCUGGAUAAGAUGUGUAAGUGUAGAGAGGAUAGACAUUGUGCUCCAGACAAAGGAUAUCUCUGCCGAGAGGGAAAAAUUUGGAACAAGGCUCGUGUUUGCAGGAAAACAUCUCAAUAAGGAGGUAGUGGGUCUUUCAUGGACCAUGGGCAUUUGGGUUUAAGUCAAUUCCAAACUGCUCUUUUCCAUUUGGUCUUAUAUGUAUUUCUGAACUUCUGAGUUGGUUUAUUGGUGGGAAUCUAAUUCUAUUGCAAACUGCUCUUUUUCA